ACAGCAUUAGAACUGAAGUGGGCUUGAAGAACAAAAACAUCUUAAGAAAAUGUAUUGGAGGCAAAAUACCAGGUUUAUUUUAACAAUCACUCUGGUUUUGCAGAAUAUUAAUUUUGGAGAAGGCCUUAAAAAAGAAGAUGACACUCCUCACUCUGAAGGAAUUGUGGAUGACAUUAUUCAAAAGCACAGUGCAAAAGAGAGAGCCACCACAUUAAAAGUCUUCAGUGUUAUGAAUCACAGCUCCGAGUAUAAAAAGCAGAUCCACUCGAGACCAAUUGUACCUUUCACUGGGCUAACAGAAACAGGCAAAUUGAACAAACACUGCUGCAAAAAUGGAGGAACCUGUUUCCUGGGAACUUUUUGUAUAUGCCCAAAACAUUUCAGUGGAAGAUACUGUGAAUAUGAUACAAGGAUCAGGAAUUGUGGUUCUCUCGGACAUGGUGAGUGGUCUCAAGAGGAAUGCCAAUUAUGUCGCUGUAUUUAUGGGACUCUGGAAUGUCUGCCUAAUGUUAACAAGGAAGGAUGUGAUCCAUCAAAGGAGAAAUUACUUCAACUCAAUCUUGAAACCAGAUCUGAACAUGAACACAUUUCUACAGGACAUGAGACAUAUCUUUGGAAAUCUUCAUUAUUUCCUCCCAUGACUGACAGGAUAAAUUGGAAGAAAGCUGGUUCUUUGUUCAACUGUUUUAUUUGA